CAUCACGAGGUCCUUCUACCGGAACGUGGUGGGUGUCCUGCUGGUCUUCGAUGUGACAAACAGGAAGUCCUUCGAACACAUCCAAGACUGGCACCAGGAGGUCAUGGCCUCCCAGGGCCCUUGCAAGGCCAUCUUCCUCCUGGUUGGCCACAAGAGCGACCUACAGAGCACCCGCUGUGUCUCGGCCCAGGAGGCAGAAGAGCUGGCCGCCUCCCUGGGCAUGGCCUUUGUGGAGACCUCGGCCAAAACCAACUGCAAUGUGGACCUGGCCUUCGACACCCUCGCCAAUGCCAUCCAGCAGGCGCUGCAGCAGGGUGACAUCAAGCUGGAAGAGGACUGGGGGGGUGUCCGUCUCAUCCACAGGGCCCGAGCCCCCCGGUCCCCCAGCGGGAGGCAGCACCCAGGACCAUGCCAGUGUUGACUCGGGGAGAAAGGGUUGAAACAGCGCCCACCUCACACCCCCUGGGGGGAGAGGGAGUGUUAGUUAGUAUCUCUCUGGAGGACGAAUGACAGAAGGGUUAAUAUAAACAGGAUCCUGACACAGAAGUGCCUCCUGGGUUUUGGGUCACGGCACAGCCCCUUCCUACAGAAAGGCCUAAGAGGCCGGGUGUGCAAUUUCCUGUCCUGGAUCCUCAGUUUCCUCAUCUGUUGACGGGGCUCAUCAAAGAUCCAGCCUCGCCGGACGCACAGGGGCUCAUGCCUGUAAUCUCAGCACUUCGGGAAGCUGAGAUGAGAGCAUUGCCUGAGACCAGGGUUUU